AUGUCGUCGGAUGCAGCGCCGACCGACACCGACCUCGAGGACAAGGCCAUGGCGCGCAAGGUGCACAAGCGGCUCCUUGAGUGCCAGGAGCAGCAGCACCAAGGACGACUCGAUGCGAUCCUCGAGCUACGCGCCAACAGCGAAAAGGCGUACGCGGGCAUGGUCGGGCAGAAUGAGAAGCGCAACGCCGAGGCCGACGUGCUGGCCGCGGCGCAAGCGCGCGAGUUCCAAGAGCUCCUCGCCUCCGGCAAGAACCCGUACGAAGUGUUUCGGGCGCGCGAGAUCGAAGCGCGGACCGCCGCCAAGCUCGCGCGCCAGCAGCGCAAGAUUCGCGCCACCGAGAUGCACAUUGCCAACAGCAUGGUGCGGGAGGCCGCGCGCAACCAGCGGCGCGGCGAAGUCGAGAAGCGCCACGUCGAGUACGUGCAAAAGUACCAGAAGGAGCUCGGGCGCAAAGCUGUCGAAGACCGAACUCGCAACUACAUGCUCUCGCGCGUCGGCGCCGAGCUCGUCGACCCCACGGGCCGGACCUUCCGGAUCGACCCGUCCCAAGUCACGACCAUGAAGGACUACUCGUUUGGGAUGGGCAAGUGCACCAACAAGACGCGCGAGCAGCGGGACAAGGUCAUCGAUGCCAUCGCAGCCAAGCCCGAGCACGCCAACGUUCAAGUCAACCCGCGCUGGAUCCCGAAAAGCAAGCACAACGUGUCGGCGGCACUCUCGAGCACGCCGUCGACGGACGGUCUGCUCCUCCCGCCCAUCUCGCAACCUCCAGGAAAAGAGCUACAGCAGCUCAACGGUCUUGUCGACGACUCCAGCCCGGCGCUGCCAUCGCUCACAGCCGCAUCCUCCCACCAUAGUAGCACCAGUAGUAGUACCAAGAAGGGCUUUGGCGUGCCCAAGCGCAGCAAGCUCGAAGAGGCCAUGCGACAGCGCGCGCUCGCCAAACAAAAAGACAACUUGAUCGAAAAGCAAAUCGUGUGGCGAAGAGAGUUCACGGGCCGCGCCUUCCUGGCCGACCCGCCCGAGGUUUGGUUCCAAGACUUUGACGUCGGGACGCCCCAAGCCCGGUCCUUUACGCUCACAAACGUCAGCAACACGUUCAACCACUUCAAGCUCCUCCCGCUGCCCGACGACGUGCGCGACUUUUUCGACGUUGCGUACGAAAAGCCAGGGCGCAUGUCGGCCGGCAUGACCUGCCGCGUGCACGUGACGUUCCUCCCGCGUCUCAACGCCGACCUCGAGACGCACAUCCCGGCGGUCGCUAAAACCGGGUACUUUGCCAUUCCGCUGCGCUGCUCGGCGAAGCGCAGUGUCCCGGAGCUCAGCACGAGCCAGAUCGAGUUUACGAACGUGGUCGUGGGCGAGUGCGCCAAGCACGUCGUGACGCUACGCAACGCCGGCGCACUUCCCACGGUCUUUCGCGUUGUGGCAGCGACCGACGCUGAGGCGUUAGCCUGGACCGACACCAGCGCGACGCAUGACAUUGACGAGGCCGACGCGGUGGAUCCGAGUGGCGUCACGUCCGAAGCCGCGCUCUUGGCGUUCGCGACGUCCUUUGGCCAGUUUCAACGAAGCGUCACGGUGGCACCGCCCAUCGUAGCCAGUACGGACGGGCACGUCGCCCCGUACGCGAGCUGCAGCAUCCACUUUGCCUUUUCGCCCCACGAGCCUAUGGCCGCGUUUACGCAAGCGUUCCAAGUGACGUUUGAUGACGCGCCAGAAGUGCCGCCGCUCGACAUUCGCGUGCGGGCCCAAGCCGCGGAGGUCCCGCUGUACGUCGAGACGCCCAUCAUGGACUUCAAGUGCUGCGUGUACGACAAGUUGUACCGCGGAAAGCUCCUCUUGCGCAACCGGGGCAAGGUGCCCCUCAAGUGCCAGCUCAAAGUGCCCAAGUACCUCAAAGAAGCGCUCGAGUUUGUGCCCCACUUUGGCUACGUGCAAGGGUGUUCGCCUGGCGCCGAACCCGGGCGGUUUGAGAUUCAAAUCAAGUUUCGGCCGACGCAGAGUCUCUGGACAGCCAUUAUCGCCCACAAGUUUGGCCUCGAGCAUCUCGGCGUCAUGGCCAUCCCACUCCAAGUGCUCGUACCGGACCAAGUGCUGCCCGUGUACUUUGUCUUGCGUGCGCAGCUCACUUCAGGCGAUCUCGAGUUCUCCUCGCCCACGAUUCUCUUUGGCGCGUGCGCGACGACCCAGAGCGUCGCACAGCGCGUGCGCAUCACCAAUAGGUCGAUGCUGCCGCAGAAGUUUGGGUUUGUGCACUUGCCACCCGAGGUGCGCGUCGAGCCCAGUGACGGCUUCGGGACGCUCUUACCGUACGAAGCUGUUGACGCCACGAUCGUCUUUAGCCCGAGUGCCGCCACCGAGUUCCGGACGUCGCUCACGUGCGCGUCGAGCAUGAACCGCACGUAUUCGCUGCCAUGUAUUGGCACGGGCGUCGCUCCGGCACUGCGCUUCUCCGAGACCGUCGUGACGCUCGGCGCGAUCCCGAUUGGACAGUUUGUCGUGCACAGCCUUGUGUGUAUCAACUCGUCAAGUAGCGACCAGCGCCUCGAGAUCGACUUGCCAGCAGCUGUGGCCAAGGUGCUACGAAUACGACCGCUUGUUGCGACCGUGCCAGCGUACGGCUCGGUGCGCAUUGAAGUCGAGUUUCGACCAAUGACGUGGGACGACCUCGAGCCGGCCGACAACGUCAUCGUGACGAAGUCAUUCUGCGAGGCCGUGGCGGAUACAUUCCAACCAGAGACGGCCGAGGACUCUAGGCCAGCGACGUCCAACGACACCACGAGUAAAGAGACCAACGAAGACGUGACGCCGAAUGACGAGCUGGACGACGACAAUGACGUUAUGGCACCUGGACCCAUUGCGCUGUUGGCGCCGACAGAGCCGCGGAGCGUGCAUGCAACCUGCACGCUUGUGUGCUUUGCCGAAGACACUAGAAACAAGGUCGACCGCGUCGCCCUGCAGAGCCUUCGCCUUCAAUUGUCGAUCGUCGAGCGAGAGCUGAUCGCCAAGCCCGAGAAGCUUUCGUUUGGCCAAGUGGCCGUCGGACAGUCGAGCGUGCUCAAACUCCAAGUUGUCAACGACGGCCCCGAAGAUUUGGAGUUGCACGUGCUCGCACUGCACUGCAUGGGUCCGUUCUCGGUUGUCAACGCGCUGCGGUGCGUCAGCGCUGGGGGCGGCGUUGCGAACCUCUUUGUCGAGUUCACGCCGUCGGCACCGCUCAUCUUUCACGAAGACUUGACGCUCACAACGGCGCGAGGACAUCUCCGCGUGCCGCUCCACGGCGAGGGUGUUAGCCCCAUCUUGCAAAUCACGCCCGUGGACGGCGACAUCCAUUUCAAGCCCGUGUUGGCGCGCGAAAAAGGCUUCACCGAGUUUACCCUGCUCAACUCGAGCCAGUUUCCGCUCAAGUACAUCAUCAAGGCGAUCGAGGUGCUGCACCCCAACUACAACCAAACGAGCGUGUUUUCGUGCACGCCCAACGAAGCCGUGAUCCCACCGGGCGAGACCCAGGUCGUCCGCAGUGUUUUCAGCCCCGACCACGAGCGGCCGAUCGAGUAUACGACCAAGUUUCGCAUCGAUGUGCCCAACCAAACAGAAGACCACGUCAUUACCCUGCGUGGCCGCUGCUGGGAGGCCCAAACGUACCUCUUACCUCCGGCGGCGGGCGACGAGCCGGCGGUGCCCGAAGACAUUUUCGAGCUGCCGCAGCACGUGCCACUCCCAACGUUCUGCGCUGACUUUGUCAAGAAGCCGCCACGUGUCUUGCAGGUUGUGUUUGAUACGGAGCCGACGACCAAGAACGUCGUCAUUGGCAGCAUUGGGCCUCAGGACGAGAGGGACCACGGGCACAGCGUCGGAUCCGCCUUCUCAGACGGCAAGGCGAGCGCAGCAGCGACGUUUGAGGUGACGAUCGACGGCGCGACGGGCCUCGCCGAGAAGCACCGCAAGUACUUUGCGAUCGAGCCGCUCAAAGGGAGCGUGUCGCCUGGCCACGAAGCCACGAUCGCCGUCCACUUCAACCCGAAAGGCGACGACCACGACGGCGGCAACCAGCUGCGCAUUCUACAUUGGAUUCGCGUCUCGGCCAAGGUCACGGUCAAAGGCGGCUUCAUGCCGCUGGGCGCGACAGAGCUCGUCGUCCACCUUCUCCUCAAGGCGCGAGUCCUCACGUGA